GCUGUGAGAGUUCACGCGUAACUUGAUUGUAAGCAUAGAUAAAACUUUCACAAAAGUGAAACAAAUAAAUAAUAAGCACUAUGAUACCACCAGCAUCUUCUUUAGUUCGCCAUGACAACCCGGUGCUUGUCAGUCGAAAAACUGAGAAGAAACAUCAGACAGGUAAUAAAGGAACAAGCCCAACACAAUUGCUGCAGGAUCGUGCCUCACCUCCUUUUCCUAGUCCUCCAAAGAAGUUGGAUCCAAUUGAAACUAAGGUUUCGCAGCAGACAGAGGAAAUUUUACAUUCAAUUCUUCCACCACGUGAAUGGGACGAAGAAGGACAACUGUGGAUUCAACAUGUAUCGAGCACACCUGCUACGCGGUUGGAUGUAAUAAAUCUGCAGGAGCAACUAGACAUGAAACUGCAGCAGCGGCAGGCCAGGGAGACGGGUAUUUGCCCUGUGCGGCGGGAACUCUACUCCCAGUGUUUUGAUGAGCUUAUACGACAGGUGAUAUUUGCACAACUUUAUACACUUUUGGUUUGGUAA